AUAUUUUGUUGCAGUAACGGCUUUCCCAGAUCUCAACUCUUCUGAACGAAAAAAUGUCGAAUUCUACGCAAAAGAGAAAAAUCUUGCCACUGGCUGAAAUGCAGCCUACCAUGACUAACUUUUCGACGGUUGUUCUGAUUAUAUCGAAAUCGUCGCCUAACUUGUUCUUGGACAAGCUCAGUGGCAACGAGCGUGGCGUCAUCACGCUAACGGUACGCGACUCCAUCAGCCACAUUACCAAUUGCACGUGCUGGGGUCAGAAGUCAUGCGUGGAUGAGUAUGACGCUAUGCUGCACAUUGGCGACGCGGUGGACAUCGUCGGCGCAAAGGUGAUGUCGCUUUCUAUGCCUCACGAGCCUCGCUAUCAGCCCCGAGCUACCCUCUCGUGCGCACUAACGGUCAACGAAGGCUCUGGUCAUAUUGUGCGACACGACACCAACGACACCGCCGUAAAGGCCCUGCAGCAGCUCAUCCACAAGCCGCACAAGCCCCUUGGCUCUGCCCUUAAUCUGGUCGAGGUUGUCAGUGGCAUUGGGCUUCAGGAAAGGCUUAUCAAUGCAUAUGUGGACCUACUUGUGGUUGUUGCCGCGGUUCGUCCGUUGCGCGAGCUGAAGCGCAAGCUUACCCCAAGCCAUGGGAAGGACAACGGACUACUCCAGUGCCUCGAACUGAUCGUGAUCGAUGCCAGCUAUCCAGAUGGCAUGUUGCUAUCCCUGUGGCAAGCGGAGUGGAUACGCCGCGCCCAGUACUGGGAGCCGCGAAGAACCGUCCUGCACUUGAUCGAUGUGCGUAUCUCCUAUUCGGACUACUAUCGCUGUCCAGUGCUCAACCACGCCGCCUGUACGCUUAUCUAUGAGAAUCCGCAGGCCGCCGGCGGAGACUGUGAUGCGCUACUCUCGUUUGUCGCCACUGUGCCGCUUAAGAACUUUGAACAGUCAGUCCUAACAGAUUUGCAGGACCUUCCGACAGCCUGCGAAAUCCAAAGCCAGAUGACAACAAAACAGAUUUACUCUCGUGCCGAGGGUGAACUUUGCAAUCCAGCCAACGAUCGGUUUACGGCCGUGCUCUACUGUAUGGUCACCAAGUUCGACAUUGACGGAUUUUCCAUGAACACCAGCAAGAAGUGCACAACAUGCCAACGUCUUAUUCCACGAAAUCAAAACGACUGCACCAGUGAAGCUUGUCAAUUAGUGUUCUCGCUGGAAUCCAAUGAGCCAAGACACUCGAGCUUCAUCAACAUCAAUAUUGAGUUGUCUGAUCAGACGGGGACGUUGAUCGAGAGCCGUCUGAGCGGACACGUGGCCGAGCGUGUGAUGGGCAUCAAAACGGAUGACUUUCAGCGGCUUUCAGAGCGUGAGAAGACCGGACUCAAGUGGCGCUUUCUGCUAAAGUAUUUUGAAGUUAAGCUGCUCAUAAGGAAACCAGCAGGCAUGCGCAAGAAUCUUUCCGCGAUUGUGGUAGACAUGCAAGAAAUAGCGCUGAACAAACUGGUGGAAAAAAUUGCCGUGUUCUAGUACCAAGGAGUAGA